UGUGCAUUGUGCUUUUCUUUUCAGUAAAGCUCAAUAUGAAGCGGCGAACCUCAGAAGAACUAUUGCCCCCAUCAUUAUUGAGAAGUAAAACUCAUGCCAGCUUAGCUUCCAAUUCAACGGACGUGGUCAGUGAUAUCCAUGUCAAUGACUCACUUUCGUCGCUUCAAUCUUCUACAUCGUCAUUCCACGAUUCUGAGCUGCCCAAUGACGAUGUGGAUCUCGAUCCGUUUGCAUAUGCACGUCAACUCGAGGCUACGGAAAGCCGCUUGCUUGAAUCUCCUUCCCGUCACGCCAAGCAACCUCCCACAGCCAGUCGAUCGGACCAGACAGAUAGCGUGAUCAGCCAGAAUGAUGACGCCAUCUCACCUCAACCACAGGAAGAGAUCUAUUCGACACAGUCCGCAUUUGAAUUUGAACCUGAUAUACCCCGCGGUGGCACACCACGCGAUAUAUUGCAAACAAAGGCACUUGGAGGAGGCGAAUUGUUGAGUGAUUCUAUCAAUAGCUUUACAAGUGAAGAUGGCAGUCGUAUCAUUGGAAGCGAUUUCAACUCGGGAUCCCAUAUGGAAGGAUCGUAUUUGGACGGAUUCGACGUGUGGUCUCCAGCAGGUGAUCCGGUACAGAUCAAUGAAUCACAUCCCUCCUUUUUGGAAGAACAACAUAAUGCGGAAUCCAAUCAGUUACUCCCUUCCACUCAUGCAUCAGGCACGAAAACCUCGGAUUUGCAUUUUGAACUUGCCUCCUCCAUCGUCCCUUCUGUAUAUGCGCAAUCUCUGAGUCUUCAUGUCAACCCGCGGCCGGACCAAGCUCCCAAAUCCAAACCGAUCCCAUUGCAGACGAAUGGAUUGGCCUUAGACGCGUUAAAGCAUAUAACGCGAUCAAAGCAAAGUUAUGCGGCAUGGGAAAGUUUAGUGAAAGCCAACAUGGCCAAGUAUGGAAAUAUUGCCAAGGUGUGCGAUCAGUUUGAAGACGCUACGGUGUUUCGAAUCGUGAAAGCAUGGGAAACCUUUGGUGUGAUCUUUGCAUGGUGUGUUGUAGCCAAAGAACGUGAUAAAGCGUUAUUGAUGGCGGCGUCUCGUACACCCGAUCUGGAUUUUUCAAGCCAAGAUGAUAUCAUUGAAGAAUCUUUCUCUCAACCUGUGGUACUGCCACCCUACGAGCCAUCGGAAAAUGAAGAGCGUCAUUUAUUCAUGCUUUCUACCAGUUGUUCGUCCCUGUCUGUAUCCGCAAGACAAAAAUUGCUGUCCUCUCAAUGUAUUGGCAUAUGGAGUCCGUGGACCGAGGUUCCUGUGGAGAUGGACGGAGAAUAUCAUAUCGCGCACGUUAUUACGCGAUUCAUGACGGACACCAUCUAUUAGCAAAGAAUGGCUCUCGUUAUGCGAGCAGUUGUGGAUUUUUUCGAAGUUUUCUGGGAUUGAAAAAGUAGCAACACACGGCACGUGUCUGGAUGG